UGCUGUCCCAGGUUGUUUUUUUUUUAAAUACCGUCCUACCGUGAAAAAUACGAAAAUAGUGAGUGACUUUUCCGACGUGUGGUGAAAAAUGUGAAAUUUUCGUGCUUUCCCGUCCUUUCCCCCUUUAAAAAAAAAAGGAGAAAAAAAAGACUCAUGCAUUUUCCGUCGUUUUUCGUUGUGUUCAUUUCGUUGUGAUAAAAUGGCUUUGGUGACGAUCCAGCGAAGCCCGAGUUCCAGCAGUUCGCCUAGUCAGGAUGAUACCACCGAUGACUGUCACGACUCCCUGGACACAAAUCGAAACUCAAAAAGUCUCAACGAAUGCUACUUCGCGGGCAAGGGUACCGCGUUGGUGUUGCCCGACGCGGAGGCCACUGCGCAGACGCGACAUCCGAACGUCGUGGACGGCGUCGUCGUCGUCGCCGUCGAGACGAACGGCGUCCAGUCGUCGGACGGCGCGCCGACGCAGAACGGCGCCGUCAACGUCAAUCCGGUGCCGGGGGUGCAGAACAGUAGCGCCAUCCAGUGUCAUCUGCAGUCGAUGUUUUAUUUGCUGAGACCCGAGGAAACUUUAAAGAUGGCUGUAAAGUUAGAGAGUGUACAUCCAGCAAGGACAAGGUACUUGGUGGUGGUUUCCAGGAUGACCAACAGGGGCGAGGAGUCCUGUCUGCUCGGGAUCGAUUGUAAUGAAAAAACGACCGUCGGUCUGGUUCUCAGGGUCCUCGCCGACACCAAGAUCACCUUAGAUGGAGACGGAGGUUUCAGCGUCAGUAUCUGUGAUAGUCACCACAUAUUUAAACCUGUCUCUGUGCAAGCGAUGUGGUCUGCCCUACAAACGUUACACAGGGUGAGCGCGAAAGCUCGCGAGGGCAACUACUACCAGGGAGGAGGCACUCACUCAUGGGUGGAACACUACGAGGAGGGCGUCACAUCUGAGAGGUCGUGUCUGAACGAGUGGCAUGCGAUGGACUGUUUGGAGUCCAGGAGGCCGCCCUCACCAGACUCGGUGAGGGCGAGACCAACCGAACGGGAGGAAACCGAAAAAGUGAUUCGUUCGACCCUAAAAGAGAUCAUGAUGUCGGUGGACCUGGACGAGGUGACCUCAAAGUUUAUCAGAUCUCGCCUCGAAGAGGAACUGGACAUGGACCUCGGGGAGUACAAAAGUUUCAUCGAUCAAGAGAUGCUGGUUAUCCUCGGUCAAAUGGACGCGCCUACGGAGAUCUUCGACCAUGUCUAUCUGGGGUCCGAGUGGAACGCAAGCAAUUACGAAGAGUUGCAACGAAAUGGGGUUCGCCAUAUAUUGAACGUAACAAGGGAAAUCGACAAUUUUUUCCCGGGCACAUUCGACUACUUGAACGUGCGCGUCUACGACGACGAGAAAACGGACCUGCUCAAACACUGGGACGACACAUUUAAAUACAUCACAAAAGCGCGAAACGAAGGCUCAAAAGUUUUAGUACAUUGUAAAAUGGGAGUGAGUAGAUCGGCCAGUGUGGUGAUCGCGUACGCUAUGAAGGCCUACAAUUGGGACUUCAACAAGGCAUUGCAUCACGUCAAGGAGAAACGUAGCUGUAUUAAACCGAAUACUAACUUUUUGACGCAACUGGAAACUUAUCAAGGUAUAUUGGAUGCAAUGAAGAACAAAGAAAAACUACAGAGAUCAAAGUCUGAAACUAAUUUAAAAUCUCCGACUAACGGUACGAAAGUGGAGAAAGCGGUGAUGGCGGGUGGAGAACCCACCCCGGUGGUCGUCCAGGUUUUGUCGAAAUCGUACGAUCUCCAGUCGACUUUGUCCGGACAGGACUUGAGGCAAAUGGGAACGCGUCCCAAGAGUUGGUCUCCGGAUAAUUUGACCACCAGGGAGAUUAAGGAAGGCAUUAAAUCUUCACCAGGUUUCAUGAGCCUGGAAGACUUAAGCCAAAGAAGCGCCUCAAAAGAAAGCGUCCAAGAGAGUAAAGCGUCUUUGGCCCGUCACGUGUUGAUGCCCUGUGAUAACGGAGAAUCUUACAGUGUUUCGCCGAAUAAAAUCAUCCACCUGCCCGGCCACGAUCCGACGAAAGAACCGGACGUAACAAUGGGCACCACCGAAAAUAGUUCCUGUAAUAAUAAGUUAAGUAGCAGCAAGACUGUCGUCACCGCCGAACAGUGGGACCCCGGAGAAGUCAAAACGAUCCUCGGUAAAAGUGAGGAAGUGGAGGAGGACGGUGCGAAAAGCUGUUCUAGCGUAAUCUGUGAUCAAAACGAUAAAGUAAUUAGUGUAGGUGAGGCGAACAUGUGGACCUCUUCGGCGGUGAUAGUGACUCAAUGUGCGACCGUGGUAGUGGGCAAUAAUAGUGUCUUUAAAGUUCCUGAAUCUCAUCGCGGCACGAACGAUCCGUUUUCGAAUCAGGUCGAUAAAGUGUUUGAUAAGGAGGAAAAGAAGCAGCAGAGGAGGGAUUGCCCUUCGAGGCAGAGCUCGUGGAGUUCCUACGAUAGCGCGGUCGUGAUGGAGAAGAACGAGUUGUCCAGGCACAGUUCGUGGGGGUCGGGGGACACCAGAAUAGCGCCCAGCAGGAACAGUUCUUGGGGGUCAUAUGAUAUGCGACCCAGGGGACCCGUUUAUUAUCAUAAUGAGAAAGGUGAAAAAAUCCUGCACAGCGCCUCGGAUCUCGAACAAAACCCGAGCGGCAUCUUCCCAUACGACAAAGAAGACAUUCCUUGGCACCCGGGAACCGUGAGACGCACCAAACAGAAACUGGAGAGUCAAACCUCCACCGCUCCAGCCGCCUCCACUCCAGUCACCCGCCAAUUAAGCAACGAAAGUGCCACAAGCAGUUGCUUGUCGUUGAACAAGAGCCCGAGCACGGACAAUCUCGUGUUCAAUUUCGCGGAGGCGGUCAACGAGGGGCUGUUGGAGCGUGCGAGGACCACCAGCGUCGACCUUCGGGACACCUCCAGUGCCAUAACGCAGAAAAUCGAUAUUCCCAAGAAGUUGAGGAGCGCGAAGAGCGUCACGAGGCUGAGCACGAGCGCCCCCGAACGAUCCUCAAUUGAGUUGGUGGUCUGUGACGCUCUAUCGCGUUCUGAGUCCAAUGUAUCCAGCACAAUAGAGGGUCAAGUUGAGGAUGUCGUAGGCGGCGCUGACCAGCGGACUAAUAAUAAUAAUAAUAAUAGCGUGAAAAGGCAACGCAGCUUUCUGGAAAGUCGCCUUAAAGAUUCGCCGCCCCCAACAAAAAAACUCGAAGAAUCCCUGGACAGUACGUUGGGAAAAGUGCAAAACCUAAAAAAAGAAUUCGAAGCGAAAUCGAGCACCACCCGGCUGGUGGAGCAGCAAAAUAACACGCCAAUCGAAGACAAUAACACCCUGAAGGCGCCAACAAUAAAGAACCGAGUGAGUAGUCUGCCCUCAUCGCCCGUAUGUGUUCAUCAUCAGAACGUCAAAGAGUCGUCGUCGUCGCCUCAAGACGAGUUAAACGUGAAAAGUCUCAGAAACGUCUUCGAAAACACGAAAGAGGAGCAAGAAGUGAAGAAAAGACAAAACCCGAUCAGAGCGAGGAACGGUGGCGCUACCAGACACUCGUGCGUCGAAGUGUCGAACCCGAGGAUUCUCCCUUUCGCCAGUUUAACGAAACCGGAGAAGAAGGAGGAGUUUAAGAGGCCCCCGAUUGGACCGGCGGCCACCAUUGCCGCCACCGUUAUCGCCACAGCCGCCAAGAAACAGCAACAGUAUGGAAAAACGCACCCGUUGUCCCGGCUCACCGUUAGACCGAGACAUAAUAAUCCCGUUUAUAAUACGAUGUAAUUAGGUUUCUUGUUUUCAAUAUAAAAAACGAUCACAGUAAGGUAAAAAUGUGCUAAAUGAAUUAUUUCAUUUAAAAUGAUUGGUAUACAGUAGUGGAAGAAAGUAGGAAACUUUUUAAGAUAUUUCCAAAAAAUGCAAUUUUUUCAAUUUUACAGGAGACAAAAGUCCCAUUUUUGUUCUUAUAUUAUUCCCAUGCUUUGAAAUAUUUGAUUAAAAAAUUCAAACGCCCAGAACGAAGUACCGUAUACCAUUGCAAGUCAAAAUGUUAUAGGUGCAAACAUGUGAUAACUCUCAAUUUUCUUAAUAAAACUCAAUAAAGAGCAUUUUUUUAUAAUUAAACAAACAACAUUUUAUUUUUAGAUAUUUUGAUUAUAAAAAGGCAAAAUAGUCCAAUAAUUUUUAAUAAAAAAAAUAUAAUAGAAAGGGAGGCAACACAAAGCAAAUACAACAUCAUGAAAAGCUAAACAUUAACAUUGAUUGCAGAGAGUGUGGUAUAACUAUUGUGUGAUUUUCUUCUCAAAAAUGAGCGCAUGCCUUUAAGGCUGGCAAUCCAUUUCGAAUUAUUUUAUCCUCAAUUUUAAUAGAUAAAAAAUCUUCUAAAGAUCUUCCUGCCUUAAAAAUGCUGACCUUGCAUGAGAUUUCGAAAUCUUAACACUCCAAAGUGUUUCUUGGAUAAUUUUAUCUUAGCAAAUUCAGUGCUAAGAUUUUUAUGUGCCUCAGGUUUCCAGUCGUAAAAACCAUCACUGUGUAAAGAUUUUGCUUUCAUUUGCCAUAAUUUUUACCAAACCCAUUGGAACUCUUACUUUGGACUUUUUGUGUUUCUCUAUAACACUAAAAUCUCUGUCGCAAGCUAAGAAAGUAUGUCCUUUCACUGGAAACUUGUGGGUUAUCUCAUCAAAAGCUCCUUUUACUAUUGACGUCAAAUAUAAUUUGAUUUUUAUUCUGUGUCAAAUUAUUAUUACAAUAAAAGAAGCAUCGCACUUCUCAAAAACAAAAAAAAAUCGAGUUACACAUAUUUGGAAUAUUAAUAAAAGUGAUACAUAUUUACUCACUUUUUGAAGAACAUUAUUUUUGUUUCGAUUUUUAAAUAAUUUAAAACUUUUAUUAUUUAAUAAAAAACAAGUUAUAAACCUUUAGCAUCUAAGACUGCCUGGCAUCUUUGAAACAUAGAGCAAACAAAAUAAAGCAAAAAAAUCUAAGACAUCCCAAAUAGUGUCAAUGAGAUUGGGAUGGUCAUUCAAGUACAACUGUUUUUUUUUUAUAAAAACCAAUCCUUUACUACCUUGGAAGAAUGUUUCGGAUCAUUGCUGAAAAAUUCACCCCAAUGGCAUAUCCUCUUCUGCAAAUGUAUUUUCCGAUAUUUAGUUAUAUCGAAAGUCGUCGAUUUUACCCUGCACUUGAAUGAUUGGCCCUAUUCUAAAUUGAGAAAAACAUUUCCAGACCAUUAUAUUUUCUCCUUCAUGCUUCACAGUAAAAAUUUGCUUUGAUCGCUUUACAAAACGGUAUUCGAUUUUUAUAUUUUUCUUAGGUACUCGCUGCUUUUCUAACUGCGACUCUUUCAUAAAGACCUUAAUCAAAUAGACGGUUUCUUAUAGUUCUACUGAUGACGUUAACAUCAAAUUGCUCCGAGAUUUCACCUGUGGAAAAUUUCUGAGGGCAAGUUUUGAGAUCCUCAAAAUAGUUUUGUCAAUUUGAGAAGUAGCUUUCCAUAUAUCACCGUGACUUAUCAUUUUUUUUUCCUUAUUUUAAAUAAAUUCACAACUUUCACAUGAAAAACAACGGUGUCUUGGCAUGAAACUAAAUAAUUUAAUUCGUUAAAACACGAUAUUUGCUCUAAGGCAGAAUUCUUUAGAGCCUAGCAUAUAAAGAGUUUCCAUUCUUAUUUCCAACUACACAUUCUUUAUUUAUUUAACAAAAAAAAAACGUAAAUAAUAUUUUUCCUUGAAUUGUUCAACGCAAUGUAUAUCAGUGGCAUUCCUGCAUUUCAGCACUGCUUAAAAGGUUCCUCACAAUUUUUUUGUUUAUUUAUACGAAUAUUAGUAAAUGUUUCCAUACGCUUUUUCGCUACUGUAAAUGCUAAGUGGAAGUUAGAUUAUUAAUUUUCUUACGGUUAAAUUCGUGGUUAAAUAAGCAUUUUUUCUGCUAAUUAACGUGGUAGGAACAGACAAAGAAUCGAAUAUCGUAUUGUUCAGUUAUUGAGAAAAAUGCCUUCGUUGCCACUAAGAAUCACGUACUGACAACCGCUAGUCAAUAUUUUUUUUAAAAAAUUAAUAAAAUCAAGGCUUGUAUGCACUAUUUAUAUUUUAACAGGGAAACAAUACAAAAUAUCUUUAAAUACCAAAUGGUAAAAGAACUUUUUGAGAAAUUUAAAUUCAGGCCUCUGGCCAUGCACCAAUUAUUACAAUUCUUGCAUUUGAAUUGAAAUAAUAUUUUUGAAAGGGCGUUUUUUGUACAACUAGGUAACAACUAGUAAAAAACAUUAAUAAAAGUCCAAUCUUGCAUUGAGAAUUUUGGCCUUUCUUGGUAUUUACUUUUGUUUGAAAGUUAAAUUACCUGGAAAAAUAGAAAUUCAACUGUCUGGAAUUAUUGGUUUCUUACAGGCAGUUGAUUCCAAGGCAGUAAAUAGUCCCUAAAAGUGCUUAAAAUUAAUGACUUUCUGAUUCUCUUGACCAAAUCUAGUUGUUAAAUUUCUUCAUUAUUUAUUACUAGAGAUUUUAUCCCUUCUCUUAGAUUUUCUUGUAUUCCUAAUACAAACUAUCCUGCAAGAAAUGGAAAAAAACACACAAAAACACUGGAACUGUCUGGAAUUAUGAUUUUCUUAUAGGCAGUCGAGAUCAUAUUUUAUUUUAAAAGUUGUAUCUGGAUUUGUGAUUUUCAUUUUAUCGGAGGACAAAGGCCAGUUUUAUUUUAAGAAUUGAGGCGUUCUGUGACAUUUACUUUUAUUUCAGAGUUCACAUAAUUAUGUGAAAGAAAUAGAAUAUCAACUGUCUAUUUAGUAACAUUAUUUAGUUCCUACAUUUGGUUCACUCUUUACAAUUUAAAUGCAACAAUUGUGAUCAUUUGAGAAAUUGCGUAGUGGUGCGAGGCCUAUGGCCACGCACAAGGUGUUUUCAGUAUAAAUUCUUUAAUAGUACAAUAUUCUUUUAUUAUUUGUACUACUUGUCACCUUGUUUUAUAUUAAAGCUCCCUUAUACGUGGCCAGAGGCCUGCUUAUUUUAUCAAAAAUAAUUUUCGUCUUCAAAAUCACAAAAACAAUAUUUUUAUGGGGAUUCACAAACAAAAAUCUGUUGUCUUUAGUAUAAUAUUUAGAUAGCUCCAAAUACUACCACCUAGAGCGAAAUAGAUAGACAUAUUGUAGUGCAAUCCACCAUACGUUGAACUUCAAAUUGAAAAAAGCCUGUUUUUCUCAAUAUUUCAAAGAUUUAGCACAUUUUUUCCUUAUAUCAAUUAUCAUCGGUUGUUAAAAAAAAAUAAAAGUUCUAAGUACAGUUUAAAGGACAUUUUAGUUUGACAACGGUUUUAAUCCAUAUUGGGUUUGCAAGUUUGAAUGAUGGUGUUACGUCAGCCAGUCCUUUUUUUUAUGCAAAUUAAACCGCUUUAAUCAAAAAUCACUAAACAUCACAACCAACCAAUAAGUUUAACUUGCACGAAAAAAGACGCUGAUAAAGUAAUGCUCAAGUUACAAAAAAAAGGCUGUGACUGCAUUAUUAUAUUAGAAUUUGUUCAUUAUAAUUUUAUACUAUUUGUUAAACUUUGACUUUAAAAUUCUAAACAAAUUGUAUCCCCCACUCCCAAUAUUAUAGUCUAUAGGGCGUCCAUUGUAAGUUAAAAAAACGGACAAAUUUCCCGUGGUACCAAGCGCUUUCUUUUCUGUGUAAAGCUUUUUGUGAUUGUCUGCUGUACAUACAACAACAUCAAAAAAAUAUUAUAUUUGUAUCGCCAUAUUAUUAAGGAUGUAUCUAUAAGCAUUCUCAAACAACAACAAAAAAAAAACCUAUUUAACUGCCAAAGAAUAUACGGUCACAUCACUACCAUCACCUGGUUUUUGCACAAAUUAUUGUAAAUACACUACUUCGGGUGUCAAUCUGCUUAUAUUUUAGUAGGCACAACGUUUGCUUUUUUUUUUAACUGAAAUAUACAGGGUGUCCCAGUUUGGAGGGCCAAAAAGGACAGCGCCAUAAAAGGCAUGAAUGUUCUUAAAAACACCUUGUAUACAAAAAAAAAAGAAUUAUAUAAAAUAGAAAAGUUCAGUAGACUUCCCUUACUAAACUUUUCUAUCGACUCUAUUUCAGAAUGGACUUUUUUGUUAAUAUUGUGAAAGAUAAAACAUUAAAGUAAAUCCAUCGAGAGUGUAUGAGAACAUUCCUCUCUUAUGUAUAUCAAGCCAUUUAAAGGAUGUUACAAAUUAGUGGAUUAAUACGUUAGUUCAUAUACAGGGUGUCAAGGUUUUAAAUCUAAUUUAUCCCGAAUACAUACAUACACUUUUUUGAUUUUUCUAUAAUUUUUUCCAACCGGUUUUUACAAUUAGGAUUUACUUCUUGCAAUAAGCAUGAAAUACAGUAAAUCUAAAGACCCAUGAUAGUCCAAUUUUUUUGAACUUAAAAUACUGAAAUUAUUCACUUUUGCUAGGAAUAUUUUAAUUUCCACGAUAUAUAUUUGAAUAAAUUUUUUAUUCCAGGCAGUUGAAAUAAUCGUUUUCUUAUUUACACAGAAAAUUUUUGCUUCUGCAAGAAUUUACGUUUUUUCUUUUAAUCUUUGAAUACAAAAGAAUAAUGUUCUAUCAGGAAGGUUCUUGAUAUUCUAGAUUUUUGAAAUAAAUAUUCCAAGCAGUUAAAAUCCCCAUUGUUUCAACUUUUCUACUAGAAAUUAUUUAGUUACCACGAAAGUGUACUUUUAUCUUAAAAAAAGGCUUUAUUUUCAUGAAAUUAAAGACGAAUAUCGUUCUGAUGGAAGAUUUUUGGUAUUCCAGAUUUUUUAAAUAUAUUUUUUAUCCUAAGAAGUUGGAAAAACCGUUUUCUCAUUUUUCCAGGAGAUUUUGCUUCUGCAGUAAAUGUCAUUUUUUAUUCAAAAAAGUACGUUUAAAAUAAUUCUGCCAGGAAGAUUCUUGAUGUUUUCUUCUUUGGUAACAUUGGAAUCAACUUAAGAUCUUGUUAUACAGAUUCCUAGAAUAAAUAUUAUUUUCAGGCAGUUCUCAAAUUUUACUUUAUUCAGGCUAUGAGGAAUAUAAUAUUUUUGCUUCAAAAUCCUACAAAAAACGAGUGAUGUUUUUCCAAAAAGUUUUGUCAGAAAUUCUUUAGAUCGUAAGUGUCUUCAAAAUUCUGGAAAAAACAGGAAAUUGCUUCUGCUGUGUGAAUUUACUAUUUUCCAGGUUGUCAAAUAAUGUCUUCCAGACAGUUCUAGUUAAAAUCCAAAUUCACCAUUUCUAGGCAGUUGUGUCCAGGAAAUAAGAUAUUUUUUAAUUUCUCUUUCUUUCAUUUCUAAUUCAUCAUGUUUCCAACCAGUUAAAAGCAAAAUUAUGUAAUGUAGUUAUUAGCAACACAAGCAAACUCAUUUUUGAAAAAAUUUAAUCAAUGGUUCAUAAGUAGAUUGGAAUUUAAAGGAAUGUCUAAUUGUUUAUUAGUUAGAACGUCGGUUGUUUUAUUUGUAUAAUAUCCUCUUCAGGCGACAAUAGUGUGUGCAAUUUUUAUUUGGUUCACUUGGAGUUACUAGGGCACCAUUUUAAGCUAAUAAUUAUCCCAAUCGUACUUGCCCCGCCAAAGGGGGCGCUAAAAUAAUUUGUACACAAAUGUGUCCAUAUAUCCUUUAAGCUCGCGAAUACCAAUGUACACAUUUGUGUGCAAAAUAUUUUUCAACAGUAGCUAGUUAAAAUUUAGUAUCUAACUAAAAUAAAAAAUAAAAAGCAUGUUUUAAUUUUAAAAGUGCAUUUAUUUAAUAUGAAAAAAAAAACAUGACAUAUAUCGCUAAAGAACAUAAAAGAGGAAUCUUGUUAUUAUGAAACUCAAUAAAACAAUCACGGUCUUUAACAACGCAUAAAAAAAUAUUACACGAAAUGCACUUGACUGGCGUACGUCUCGUACAGUCGGGAUUUCUGCAGCUCUGAGCCUCUUUAAUAUCCAUGGCUUUUGGUUUUGCCACUUCAGGAGGCGGUAGAGGCACCCUUCCAGGCCGACCCGGUAAUUUUUUUCGCGAUAUAGGUUCAAAAGACUCAUCAUCAGAUUCAGAUUCGGCAGUUGAUAUUCCUUUAAUUAGUGCUUCUGCUAUGCGCAUUUUAAAUCCGAUUAAAUCUAGAAUGUCAGUCUUUUUGACUCUUAAUAUUUCACAGUCACUCCUAUACUGAUUCCAUGAGUUGACUACUGUACAAUCCAUGAAGUGUUCAAACACUCUUAUUGGCCAUUUUUUAGUUUUAUGAUAACAUCUAUAAGCUGCAAUUAGUCGAUUCAGUAAAUCAACCCCUCCCAUAAAUUAAUUGUAGCGCCUUACUACAUCUGGUUGGGGACAUUUAAAUACUGUUCAUCAGGCCUCGAAUAUCUUCGACAUUGAUGUAUUGGAUUAAUGCUGUGUGCUGAAGAGGCCAUUGUUAUUGCCUUAUUGUCCAUCCACCUAACUAGAGCUACCUUUUUAUCAUCUCUUAUUUUUGAUUUUAUGGUCCCUCUGCCUAACUUUUUUAGUUCAUAGUCAGUGGGAAAACCAACUUUUGGAAAUCUGUUGGACAUUGUAGUUCCUGAAAUUCCCUUUUCCCUUAGUUUAUCUAAUAAAGUAACGCUUGUGAAAUAGCGGUCGAAAUAAAUGUUUGUUCCAGGUGAACAAGUUUCACUUAAACGCAAUACGGCUCUACCCCCUGCACCUAAAUUUUCCUUCUCGACGUCUUGUGAAAAUUAGUUGUUUUUCCUGGGUAAAUUUCAAAAUCUAAAAUAGUUCCGUUUUUUGAAGCUAAAACAUAGUUUUUUAGACCAGUGGGGUUGGGUUUUCGAGGAACGUACUGUCGAAUAGCUACUUUACCCGAAAAUGGUAUCAUUUGUUCAUCAAUGCUCACAUUCUCCUCUCUCGGUAGCCGCAAAACCGCAUUAUGAAAUGAAGUUAUUAUUGCACGCACUUUCCAUAGUUUAUCACGUUUUUGUUCUUCAUCUGAAACUUCCAUGUUAUUAACAGCAUGAAGAUAAUUUCUUAUUUUAAAAAAUCUAUUCCUGCCCAUUGUAUCAGCGAUCGGUGGAAUUUUAAAUGAUUUUGACCAGUACAUGCGUAUUCGAGGGUAACCCAAAACUCCCAUUAAUAAUGUAAUUCCGACGUAGGCACGUAUUUCGGUCUCGCUUGCGUUAAGCAAAGUAUUACAAGUUUGUUGAAAAUGAAUAUUUGUAUUUUCUGUUAGAUUUUUAAAAAAAGCUUCAUAGAAGUACUGAUGGAAAUAAUCAAUUGGAUAAUAGUUUUUCCUUUCCUGAACAUCAGGUAAGGGAGAAAUGAAUUGCGCAAAAUCAGUCUCUAAAUCGCAGCGCUCUUCUACGUCAUGCCAUUUUUGGUCCGGUACUUUUUAAGUUUUUUGCCUCUUACGCGAUUGAUUUAAGUUACCAACAGAUCUCUUUUUUGUACUUAUUAUUGGAAAAACUCUACUAAGGGAAAUUCAAUCUUCUUCUUCUUCUGAACUUGUUGCAUUGUUAUGGGCAUCCAAAUUUAAUCACUGGUGAUUCCCUGAUAGAUGAUUCCCCAUUUCUUGAAGUCACUGCUGGAGUCACUAUCGUAAUGGGCAUUAGUAGCUUCAAAGUCGCUUUCUUCGUCAGUGGCAAAAAAAAUCGCUCUGAUCCAAAAUCUCCGCUAAUUGUUCGUCGCUGUAGUAAACGUUCCGACCUAAAAAAAAACUUCUUUUAGACCCAAUGGCCACAUUUGUGAUAGGGACUUUUGGACAACGUACACAAAUGUGUACAAACAAAUUUGUCGUGGCGUGAUUUACAAACAAAAAUUAACUUUUAAUUUUUAAGGAAUUUGUCGUAUAUUUUAGUCUUCCUAGAUACUAAUUUACUAGAUUUCCACCCUACAUAAUUUGUUUUUAAGCAAAAUUUGGUACUUACGGCGAACCGGUUUGGCCUUUUCAGAAUCAGCUGUGCUGGUAGACGCCAUGACACUUUCACUUUCGUACAGGUUGCCUGCCAGGGAACAAGUGGCACUUGCGGGGCGUAAACAGACUGUUACUAAUAGGAUUUAUCGAUUGAAAUUUCAUUAGCGUAAACGGUAAAGUCAAAAAAUGGAAUUAAAUAUUUUGUACACAAAUGUGUACCGGAGGUCUGAAGAGGAUAUGCCAAAAAAAAACCAUCGAUAUACUGAAGUAGACUGAAAACUUACUUUGGUGAUUACCUUAUAUAGUUAAAUAAACAAAUUAUUUUUUGGGCUAUAUGUUACCUAAUUGUUAGUAAACUCAAAUAUUGCCACAAUAUACAGAAACUGAAAAUUGUAACAACUGAGAUCUAUAAAUUAAGGAUCAGAAAAACGAGUUGGCUUUUGGAUAAUAAAUAUUAGACUAUAGAAAAUAUCUUAUGCUUUACAUAAUUUUUAAAUAGACAUGCUUGGAUGAAAACUUUGACGCCCUUAUAUGUUGGACUAGUUUGUAAACUCUUAUAUACCAUUCUUUAUGUACAAUUUUAGACAAUAAACUGUCAACCACCCUGAAGAUUGAAUUAAGCUCUCUGCCUGACAAAAGUGUAAUUUUGAGUAUUUUAGAACCAACUCUACUAAAGUAGUUUCUAUAUUCCUCUAGAAGUAAUAAUCAAAAGACGGAUGCCAAGCGUACGUCCGGUAACAGAUUUAUGAACUAGCAUCUAAGACUUUUCUUAUGUUUUUAAAUACAUGCUCUGUCGUUUUGCUUUCGUGUGUAUUUAUGUGAUAGAUAUUAGUUUGUUUGUUUUUUUUUUGUACCAUAGUUGUAAAUUAUUCUACGAUGUACCGCUUAUAAAAGAACUGUUUCGAGUAAAAAAAUAUAUAAUUAAAGAACAUUUUCUUGUUUCAA